CCAGCCCGGCCCCCCUCCCCGACGAUGUCAGACCGCGGAGAGGCCGAGCCGAGGCGCUGCUGGGAAGCCGAUCCCACUCCACUCCUUCCCGGCUGCGCCCAGCCGCCGCGGCCAUGAGCGAUAACAUCCCUCUGCAGCCCGUCAGGCAGAAGAAGCGGAUGGACAGCAAGCACCGGAGCGGGUGUUGCGAGUGUAUGAGAUGCUGCGGAAGAAGAGACCCAAGGCCUCGUACGGUUUGGCUUGGCCAUCCAGAAAAACGGGACCAGAGAUACCCUCGCAAUGUGAUCAACAAUCAGAAAUACAACUUCUUUACAUUUCUUCCUGGGGUGCUGUUUAACCAGUUCAAAUACUUUUUUAAUCUUUACUUCUUACUUCUGGCCUGCUCUCAAUUUGUCCCUGAAAUGAGGCUUGGUGCACUUUACACGUAUUGGGUUCCCUUGGGUUUUGUGCUUGCAGUUACCAUCAUUCGCGAGGCAGUGGAGGAGAUCCGUUGUUACACACGCGACAAGGAAGUAAACUCCCAGAUCUACAGCAAGCUCACAGCAAGAGGAAUUGUGAAGGUGAAGAGUUCUAGUAUCCAAGUAGGGGACCUUAUCAUUGUUGAAAAGAACCAGCGGGUCCCUGCUGACAUGAUCUUCCUGAGGACAUCAGAAAAGAAUGGAUCUUGCUUCCUCCGGACUGAUCAGCUAGAUGGUGAAACAGACUGGAAGCUGCGACUGCCGGUUGCCUGUACUCAGAGAUUACCCACCGCUUCUGACCUUCUUCAAAUCCGAUCCUAUGUUUAUGCAGAAGAGCCCAAUAUUGACAUACAUAAUUUUGUGGGGACCUUUACCAGAGAAGACAGCGACCCUCCAGUGAAUGAAAGCCUAAGCAUAGAAAACACCCUCUGGGCCAGCACAGUGAUUGCAUCAGGCACUGUUGUGGGAGUUGUUCUUUACACAGGGAGGGAACUGCGCAGUGUCAUGAACACUUCAAAUCCACGAAGUAAGAUUGGGCUAUUUGACUUGGAAGUGAACUGCCUCACCAAAAUCUUGUUUGGAGCCCUUGUGGUGGUCUCGCUUGUCAUGGUGGCCCUCCAGCAUUUCGCAGGCCGCUGGUAUCUUCAGAUCAUACGAUUCCUCCUCCUGUUUUCAAACAUCAUUCCUAUUAGCUUACGUGUGAAUCUGGAUAUGGGGAAAAUAGUCUACAGCUGGAUGAUCCGUAGGGAUUCCAAAAUUCCUGGCACAGUGGUUCGAUCCAGCACUAUUCCAGAGCAGCUCGGAAGGAUAUCCUAUUUACUUACAGACAAAACAGGAACUCUCACACAGAAUGAAAUGGUUUUUAAACGGCUUCACCUUGGGACAGUAGCCUAUGGACUGGACUCCAUGGAUGAAGUGCAGAGCCAUAUAUUUAGUAUCUAUACGCAGCAGUCACAAGACCCACCUGCUUUAAAAGGCCCCACCCUGGCCACCAAAGUACGUAAAACCAUGAGUAGCCGUGUUCAUGAGGCUGUGAAAGCGAUUGCCCUCUGCCACAAUGUGACACCAGUCUACGAAUCUAAUGGUGUGACAGAUCAGGCUGAAGCUGAGAGACAUUAUGAAGACUCCUGCAGGGUGUACCAGGCUUCCAGUCCGGACGAGGUGGCCCUGGUACAGUGGACUGAAAGUGUAGGCUUAACACUGGUUGGCAGAGAUCAAUCCUCCAUGCAGCUGAGGACACCUGGUGGUCAGAUACUAAACUUCACCAUCCUCCAGAUCUUUCCAUUCACUUAUGAAAGUAAACGUAUGGGAAUCAUCGUUAGGGAUGAGUCAACGGGAGAAAUCACUUUCUACAUGAAGGGAGCUGACGUUGUCAUGGCUGGCAUCGUGCAGUACAAUGACUGGCUAGAGGAAGAGUGUGGUAACAUGGCUAGGGAAGGCCUGAGGGUUCUUGUUGUAGCGAAGAAGUCCCUGACUGAGGAGCAGUAUCAAGACUUUGAAGCACGCUAUGUUCAGGCAAAGCUAAGCGUGCACGAUCGCUCGCUGAAGGUAGCCACUGUGAUAGAGAGCCUGGAAAUGGAGAUGGAGCUGCUGUGUCUGACUGGAGUGGAGGAUCAGCUGCAGAUGGAUGUCAGACCCACUCUAGAGACCCUGAGAAAUGCUGGCAUUAAGGUGUGGAUGCUGACAGGGGAUAAGCUAGAAACAGCUACUUGUACAGCGAAGAAUGCUCAUUUGGUAACCAGAACCCAGGACAUUCAUAUAUUCAGAUUGGUGACUAACCGUGGAGAAGCUCAUUUGGAGCUGAAUGCAUUCCGUCGGAAACAUGACUGUGCGCUUGUGAUUUCUGGUGACUCGCUGGAGGUGUGUCUGAAAUAUUAUGAGUAUGAGUUUAUGGAAUUGGCUUGCCAGUGUCCAGCCGUGGUAUGCUGCCGAUGUGCCCCCACACAGAAGGCCCAGAUUGUGCGCUUGCUCCAGGAAAGAACUGGCAAACUGACCUGCGCUGUAGGUGAUGGAGGGAAUGAUGUCAGCAUGAUUCAGGAGGCUGACUGCGGUGUUGGGGUUGAAGGAAAGGAAGGAAAACAAGCAUCCCUUGCAGCAGAUUUCUCUAUCACUCAGUUUAAACAUCUGGGCCGGUUACUGAUGGUGCAUGGAAGGAACAGCUACAAAAGAUCUGCAGCUCUCAGCCAGUUUGUGAUCCACAGAAGCUUGUGUAUCAGUACGAUGCAGGCUGUUUUCUCGUCGGUGUUUUACUUUGCGUCAGUUCCUCUCUAUCAGGGCUUCCUCAUUAUUGGGUAUUCCACAAUCUAUACAAUGUUUCCAGUCUUCUCUCUGGUCUUAGACAAGGAUGUCAAAUCUGAGGUUGCCAUGUUGUAUCCAGAGCUCUACAAAGAUCUUCUUAAGGGGCGACCGUUGUCAUAUAAAACAUUUUUAAUAUGGGUUUUGAUAAGUAUCUAUCAAGGUAGUAUCAUCAUGUAUGGAGCUCUUCUGCUGUUUGAGUCUGAAUUUGUCCACAUUGUGGCCAUUUCCUUCACAUCCCUGAUUCUUACUGAGUUACUGAUGGUGGCAUUAACAAUCCAGACGUGGCACUGGCUCAUGAUAGUAGCAGAGUUGCUUAGCCUCUCCUGCUACAUAGCCUCUCUGGUCUUCCUACAUGAGUUUAUUGAUGUUUACUUCAUUGCAACCUUGUCAUUCUUGUGGAAGGUCACAGUCAUCACUCUAGUGAGCUGCCUUCCUCUCUACGUCCUGAAGUACCUGAGGCGAAGAUUCUCUCCCCCAAGCUACUCGAAGCUCACGUCAUAGAGCUGCUCGGUCUACAGAGCAGAGACUAAUUUUGCACACUGCGGAGAGACAGAAAUCAUGUAUUUGUCAUUGUAAGAACUUUGUCCGAUAGGAUUAUGCAGUUAUCAAUAUUAUGUGCUGCUUUAAUGAAAGACUAAGACUAAGGACUGCAGUAAAUUGAAACCUAACAGUAAAUAGAGUCUUCUGGGGAGGUGUAGGGCACGUGAUAGUUUGUUCAGUCUUUGUCUUACUUCAUUGUGGUCAAAUGCAUGUAACUUCAAUGAUGAUUGGUUUCUCAUGUGAGAUGAGAGUACCUGAAAGCUGCUAAAUGACCUUGAAGUUUAUACAGGACAGAUGUUUUGUUUUGUUUUUUAGUUUAAAUGUCUGUGAUGUUCCUUGCAUUGUGUUAUAUUUUUAUAUUAUUGUUUAUCUUUUCAAUUCAGGUAGAGCUAGUUUUUGAGCGUCUUGGGGAGUCCCUUAAAAUAGGUGAUGUACUGUAUUACCAACAGCUGACUACAGGGUGAUGUCAUGCUGUUUUGAUUGUAGAGUUCCAGUGUUGAAACAGAUCUAUACAUAAAUGAAAACCUGACUAGUUGAGUUUUUCCUUCAAUCAAAAUGAAGGAUCUGAAUGUAGAAAAUCUAGUGUGUUUUGAUGAUUUCCAGCAGCUAAUGCACAUUGAGAAAUAUCAUCCAAAAAAGGGAAAAUUCCAUUUUGUUUAGCUUUUGUGCUUUUUGUUAAAAGGAGCUGAUGAUAUACAAAUAGCUACACUAUAUAGUUAUGUUAUAGGAGCAAAUUACCUAAAUUCAAGCAAAGCCUUUUGGAAGGAAACUUGCAGCUGAUCGGCUUUUGAAUGUGUUGACAGCAUAAGAGACUCAUCCUAUUCUGCAGACAAUGUGGCAGACGUGUCUUGAAUCCUUGGAGACUGAAAGGAAAGGUCACAGGGCUGCUACUCUUCACAGUUACAUAAAAUCUGUUUCCUGUUAGGAUGAGUUAAUGAAGAUGAGCUGCAAAUAACCCUAGGUAGUCCUCUACACGCGCCAUUCAUGACACAGUCCACAAAGAGAGGCAGUUUGAGAUAACUAUAGAAUUUGCUUUGUUUAAAACCGGAACUUGCCUCAAUAGACAUACGUUUGAGAGCAGUCAGAAACUGAGCCCAUGCACAAGAUGGUAGUUUAUUUAAUGAGAAGCACAAAUAAGAUUUCCAUUUAUUUUAAACAGCAGAAUUCCCAGAAGAGGUGUGUUUGGUUUUCUGUUUGUUUGUUUGUUUUUGUUAAUUAAAAAAAAGCAUUGACCCACAUAAUUUAUACAGCAUUCCUUGCAGGUGGAGACCUAAAUAUAUGACUGGAAAGCUUAGAAGUAUGGCAAUGAGCUAAUAGAGGCUUCCACCACUGUCAGUGGCAGUGACAUUUAUCUAAUAACUGUUUAGUCUGUGAUAAAUGAGUUGUGUGGUCUCUGUCCAUCCAGCUCUAGUGAAGCAGAAUCCACAUCAUAAAAACCACCAUCAUAACUGGAACUAAGCACCCUUAUUGGCCGGGUCAGCAGGGAGGCCAGCAAUGACCGAUCCAAAUACCCUGAACUCCCCUUGCAGUGUUUUUAAAUUGUGCUUAUGUGGGGAGCAACAGGGCAGGCCCUCUCUCCCAUAGUGUACCUCUUCGAUGCGUUGCCAACUUUUGUUUCCAUUGCUGCAGAUCUGGCACUUUCGCAAGCAUUCAAAUAAUAAAAAAAAAGAAAAAUUCUGGCUUACAAACUUGAAUGCAGAAUUGGAACAGCAUUUAAAAUGAGAUCUGUAGUGGGCAGUGGCUUGCACCUCUGUGUUUUUGGAUUAUCAGCUCUAGAAAACCCUAGCAUUACUUAGUUGUCUCACUUGCACUAGAAAAUCUAAUCUCUCCGAAGAACAUGCUGCAUGACAUGGCUACCCUGGAUACAUUUGGGUCCAACAAAGACCAAGUAGUGCAAGUUCCAAACACUUCAGCAAUCUUGAAAGGAGCGGGUAUCUGUUGUUCAUUUCAUCACAUAAAUGUCAGAGAAGCAGGAGGAGAUGCAUGCACAUGCUCUGCAAAAGCCCUUAUGACCUGUCAUUGUUUCUCAAAGAAGAACGCCUGGAGAAACCAGGAGCAUGAAUUGAAGCAGUAUCUAGGAUAUUCCCAGAGUGGGUGAGUCAAAACCUGCUGCUUUUCCAUUCUGCAGAACCAAAGGAUCAGUUGAAGUAUAUUGAUUUCUGCCUUGUGGAUUCUGGGUUAUCUACAAAAGUGGAAAUCUUCCUGGAUCUCCCCCUCUUCCUGACAGCUUGUUCCUCUUUUGAGCCAUGUUGCCAAUGGCCCUGUUCCUCCAACAGGGCUCAAAGAGCAUGAAGUGCAUACUGGAGUUCCUGAUGGGAAACCUACUGGGCUCAGAAGAGAGCAUGCCAUGCUCUCUACCUUCACGUUCUCUGAAUUGACAGUGCUGUCACCACACUGAAUUGACCUGGAGGGCUGCCAGGAGCCUAGGGGAAAAGGGAGCCUGCGCUGUUGGCUCUUUUCACCGCUGCUAUGUGUUCUAGAGCCCUUUUGUACCCUCCUUGCUCCUUUGUUCCUUCUCAUGCCAUCGCGGGAAAUACCAGGUCCUUACCAUUCAGUAGUUCUAUGUAUGACCAUUUUGAUAGUGGAUGAAUAAAUGUUUUAGACUGCAGUGGAAGAUGGGAAAUGUAGCCUCCAGCACUGCUGGCUACAAUGGUAUCCUUUCUACAUACUUGAUUUAGAGUCUUAUGUUUCAAGGUCUGUUAGCUCUUUCAGAGGAAUAAGAAGAGCAAGCACUUGUUAAGAUAAAACAGUGGCUUUUCUUUUGUGCUACAUGGCUAUGAUUUGUCUUGUCUCUGGUACCCCAUAAAAGCAGAAUACUCAAUGGCAUCCUCUCUUUCUUGCUGGGUUGUUUAUAAAAAAAAAAAAAAUAGCUAGCUGCUGUAUUCGGGUUUACAGUAUUUUUUAAAAAUUCACCUUCCCACAUCCCCUCACAAACUUCCCAGCAAAAUAUUUCCACUCUUCUUCUUUUUUAAAUACAGGUUUUUAUUAGGGGAGGCUGAAUUCUGUGGUUUUCUGUGAUUUGCUUCAGAGAAGAAAAGCCGUGUCUAAAAAGCUUUGUUGUAGAAGAAUUGGGUUGUCAGCUUUGUAAAUUGCGUCUGUUCGCCAAAAAGAUCCUUCAUGUUCUCCUAGUGAUUUGCUGCAGUUACAGGAUAGGGUCAGUCAUGCAUUUGUUGCUGGCUUCCCAGGUCAAAGUUUUGAUUUAGUGAUUUAAAUGUAAUAAUCAAGCAUCGUUCUGGCAACUUGUUGGACUGACAAAUUAAGUCUCUUGUCCUUUUGAAAAUACAUGACAGUAGAUAUCUUUGUAAUGACUCCUGCCCCUAAUAGCUGUGUAUUAGUAGUUAAAUGUUCAGUAAGAAUAACAGUGCUAUGCUACUGUAUGUAAAUAUUUGGAAAGUAUAAGUUAGAAUUCACUUGUCUCCUCAAGUCAAUGCAGUUUACACUAAAUGGACCAUAUUGGCAAAAUCAUAACUUAUACCAAGAAUGGGAGUGAAUUGCAAUUUCAGUAAUAUUUAAUGGCUUCAUAACCUUAAUAAAGAACUCAUAUUAGCAAUGGUGGGAUUAUCAGCUUUAGCAUUAUGUUAGAGGGGUGAAGCCUUGUUCCUUUACAGCUAGUUUCUUACACAAGGUUGUAAAUCUAGGAAGUAUUUCUCUCUGGGUAUAAUUUUUUUUUUAAAGCAAUAAAAAAAAAAAAAAAAAAAGCAAAACUGCCACUACAAACACUAUGUUCAGGGGAGGUAUGAUUGUUAUUUUUUUUAAGUUUAGCACUUUGUCUGUAAACUAUUUCCCCAUAUGUUUUAAAAAAAAAAAAGGUUUUAAAAGCGAAUUUUCAUUCAGAUGUUUGUAUUUACAGCACAUAGUAAAUAGAUGGCAUACUGGAAGUUUAGGUUACAGUACAUCUUUUCCUCUGUUAUACUUGAAUUUUAUGCUUAUUUGGAAUAACAGACUUUUUAAUAAGUAUGUGUUUGUUUAGCAACUUCUUUAUAUUUGUGAAUAGUAGCAGUUUAUGUAACUUCUAUGUUAUGGGGCUAUUCUACGAAUAAUAUAGGAGACAGCAGUAUGUGCUUCAUCACUUGCUUUUGCUUCCCAUGCUUACUUUAGAAAUAUCUCUGAUCAGUGCUCUAUUUCCCUUUGCAAUUGGUACCACAAUAGCCUAUAUUUCAUAAGAAGUUCAUUUUUGAAUCACUGAUGUAACUAACUAAAGGUGUGUUCUCAUGCUUUUUUUUAAAUAGGAGGGAGAUUUCAUGUUCCUUGCAUUUCAUUGCUUAUAGCCAUAUAUAUAUACACACACACAUCCCAUACCUCUUCCCUCCCCCCCAAAAAAAACUAUUGUCCUAAUUCUCUUAACAGCCAUCUCUUUUUCUUUGUUUAGAAUGGAGCUGAAAAUUAACAUGCUGUUUGUUCAACAGUAACAGCUUGAACCUAUAUAGUAUUUUAUUUCACCAAAACUGUAUUAGCUGUAAGCAGUGACAGCAUUAGUGUCACCACAGCCGUGGGAACACUAUAUUUAAGUGCUACAGCUGCUGCAGAGCCAGAAGGAGCAGCACCAAACCCUCUACUUUUCUAUAGUCUACUGAACUAAUGUAACCCCAUAAAAUCUCAUUGCAGACUCACUUAAACCUGUUUGUAACUCCAGCGGGAGACUAUUGCUGUUUUAGGAGGUUAGGCUGGGGUUUUCAAAGGCACCUAAAAGAGGUGCCUCAACCCCUUUGGCUUCUUUAAAAUUCAAGACUUAAGGUUUGGGGGUGUGUUUUUGUAAUGGCUGCUGCAGACUUGAGUGCAAAAUACACACCUAAUUCUCACAUGCACUUGUCACAGCCAUGUGUGCAAACAAGCUAACUGCACAAAUCACCAUCAUGAGCUAUUUGGCCUCUCAGAAUUUCAGAGGGAGUUCUACUUGCCCACCUAGCUGCUCAUCUGGGGCCCAACCAGUGCUCACUGAAAUCUUUCCGUUGACUUCAGUAUUGAUGGACCAGAUCCUUAACUCUUAUUAAGAAUUCAAGCCUUUAACCUGCAUGAAAUCCUGGGUUCUUCACCUUUGCCAAGAUGGCCCAUUACCAUUGCCUAACAAAACUUGUGUGCUUCUAUGCCUUUUAAAAACCUUUUCAGUUGUAUGGGAAAAUGGAUUCUGGUGUCAAAAUGAUAUUUAUUGAGAUGCCAAUGUUUUGUACCUGUCAUUUAGUUAAAAAAAAGAUGUAAAUACCUUUGAUUCAAGAGAAAAAUGAAUGCAAAUUAUUUAUUGUUCUGUGGAAUUAUAUGUUGCAGACAUGUAAGAAUUUAAAGGAAUGAUGUAAAAACAGGUGGAAAAAAUAAAUUUUAUGCAACUUCA